AGAGAUUUGAGCUGGAGGGAGUUCCUGCGCAUUAUUGUUUUCCCCUGGGGAGGUGUAUUCCACUACAAAAAACAUUUCCUCCUCUUGGGAAAGAUCUCUCCCUAUCUCUUUCUCUCUCGGCCAUGGCGUCCGAAAGCUUCAACGACAAGAACGCCGUUUUCAGAAAACUGAAAUCCAGGUCCGAAAAUAAGAUGUGCUUCGAUUGCAAUGCGAAGAAUCCCACAUGGGCCUCUGUCACGUACGGGAUCUUCCUCUGCAUUGACUGCUCUGCCGUACAUCGGAGCCUUGGCGUCCACGUCAGCUUUGUGAGGUCUACAAAUCUAGAUUCAUGGAGUCCAGAGCAGUUGAAGAUGAUGAGUUUCGGGGGAAACAACCGUGCACAGGUUUUCUUUAAGCAGCAUGGAUGGAGUGAUGGAGGCAAAAUUGAGGCAAAAUAUACGUCAAGAGCUGCUGAGUUGUACAGGCAACUACUUUCAAAAGAAGUUGCUAAAAGCAUUGCUGAAGAGACUCCCUCAUCUCCGGUUGCCUCUCAAUCAAUGCCUACAGCUAAUGGACUUCCUGAUGCGAACAUUAUUGAUGCACCAAAGGAAAAUUCAAUUGGAAGGCAUGAAACUCCUGAAAUUGCUCCUUCCCCUAAAGCUCCCAUGCGCACGGUUCUCAGCAGCUCUGUUAAGAAACCCCUUGGUGCAAAGAAGACUGGAAGUAAGACAGGGCUUGGUGUCCGAAAGCUUACUACGAAGCCGAAUGAAAGUCUGUAUGACCAGAAGCCUGAAGAGCCAGCUCCUGUUGUGACCUCCUCAACAAAUGCGCCUUCAACAGUUGGCUCAUCCUAUCCUUCUCGAUUUGAAUAUGUUGAUAAUAUCCCCUCUUCUGGGGCUAGUCCUAGAGGUGCACAAGUAAUUGAUCAUGUUUCACCUCCAAAGUCUUCAAGCUUCUUUGCAGACUUUGGAAUGGACAGUGGAUAUCAGAAGAAAACGAGCUCCAGUUCCUCCAAAGUGCAGAUUCAGGAAGGUAAUGAAGCUAGACAGAAGUUCUCAAAUGCAAAGUCCAUUUCAUCAGCCCAAUUUUUUGGUGAUCAGAACAAAGCUCAUGAAAUGGAGGCUCAGGCCUCCUUGCAGAAAUUUUCGAGUUCAACUGCCAUAUCAAGUGCAGAUCUUUUUGGCCAUGGCACAGAUGAUGAUGUAAUGGACUUGACAGCUGUUGACCUCAUUAACCGAAUCUCUUUGCAGGCCUCCCAGGACCUCUCUUCCAUUACUAGCAUUGCAGGGGAGACGGGGAAGAAGCUGACAUCUUUGGCUUCCAGCUUGAUAACAGAUCUUCAAGAUAGAAUCCUUUGAGUGCGCUGCAGCUGCCGGUAUCGGUAUGUGUUCCAAAGUCGAAGAACUCAUAUCAGAUACCUCAACCCCAUUUCCGACAUCUUGAAGGUUGUUAUCUUCAUUUCUAGCCGCAGCCUCUCAAAUUCUUUUCAAACAUAAAUAAAUUCAAACUUCCCUAGUCGCUGCUUGCUGGCGGCCUUUUUUUGUAGUGGAGGGAAAUGUUUGAAAAUCAGUAUAUGUAUAAACUUGAACGUGUUCUGUAUUUAGCCUCCCCAUUACUUUAACACUACAUCUCUACCAGUUGUAUCAUUUGAACUGCUUAUAUGAUUUACUGUUUCAUCACUAA